AUGCGUUUCGCCAUUGCUGCCGCUACCUGUAUCGUCGCACUUGUUUUAAGUCUAACAACAGCAUUCCCUACACAUGAUAGGGUGCGACGUGGACCGGUUCCUGAUUUAAGUGGUUUAAGUGGUAUAUGUCUAUUUCCACCUUGUAAUGGACCAUCAUUUGUAUUCCCGGAGAUUGAUUGGGAAGCUUUACAUGCAAGCAUCGCUCAAUGGAAUAAGGAACAGGAACAACUGUCAUUACAAGAAGAUGAAUGA